AUGUACGUACACUCCUUACGCUCAUCGAAAACCCAUUUCACUACAGAAAAGCAAUCCCAUGCAGAAAUGCUGGCCCAAAAAAUAGUUGAUAUGCUUCCCAGAUCCUCAAUGUCGAGGUCAUUAUUCCGAAGCCUCGGCAUUGAAUGCAAUGUCGACAACCCGUUGAAGAGCUCUGGCCCUCUGUUAUGCAUUACUGGCACCGCUCACAGCCUUCCUGAUUUGGUGAAACGGGCCUGCAGUCCCACAUCUGUCUUUCUUAACUCUCCUACCUCCGUACCUCAGCCAGAGCCAGAACGAUCGCGAUUGCACGAUCGGUCUCGUCAGUCUGUGCCGAACCGGAUUUUGACGAAUAUGUCCGCAUCACAAGAAAACACCCCACCGUCCCUAAAGCGUUCAGCCGUUCGUCCUGAUGCCAACACUUCUACUUCUGCUCCCUGUGGGGUUGCUAAUCGUCGUCGAGGCAUUGAACCUCGUGUACUUAGACCUCGAGUCACACUCCCCUCCACGUGGAAUCAGCGCACCACCUCCCGGUCUAGUUCCUCGCCAAAACAUGGUAAACUCUUGAGAAGAUCAUCACCUUGCAUCCUAUACUCGUCCUCUAACUACUACCAAACUCAUUUUGAUAUCCACUCAUUCAUUCCUCCGGAAGACUGGGCACGAAAGCAAAUCGAGGUUCCCUCCUGGCGAAUAAAUGAUGUCAUUACGGAGCGCUGCGGAGGGGAAGCGGGUGUAUCACGUGUUCUUCGGUCGCGAAAUUCGCAGCUCACCCGCACACAGUCUCUGAAACGAUCUCGCCCACCCGAAGACUAUGAAGACACGUCGGACGGUGUCUACAUGUCUCGACACGCUCGCUUAGAAACGCAUGAAAUCAAACGAGAGCGAUUGUCUGACCAGCGUACCGCGGAGGAGGAACUCCGUUUGCGAAUUGAGUGGAGAGAACGUGAGAGCUGGCGCAAACGACAAGCUACACGAGUGGACAGUUUCAUGGAUAUUGACCCGGAGCGAUUUAUGCCGACUAGUUUGCUGGAGCCCAUCAGCAAAGUACGGUAUAUUCACGUGCGGAGUGAUAUCCCUGUCAUCGCUUUCGGCGUGAAGGUUCCUAAGCCGGAAUUUGGGUAA